GAACUGUUAUUCCGCUCUUCGCAUAAGAAAUGCUCAAAUUAACGUUCCAGUCAGUAUUCUGUCCAUUCUCCUCCCUCACUUUCACCCUCUCCACUUUAAAAAAAAAGGGGGCGGGAGAUUAAAAAGCAGGUGCGCAAACCCCCUAGAUCCCUUCCCUGUCCUGGGAGCCCUCGGCGGGACAAGCAGACACCGCUCGCAAUCCAACGCCAGAGAAUAGAACGCUUGCCGACUGCCGCCGCGACCCUGGCCCGGAAUCUCCUUGCCUGCCCGCUCUCCUUAGCCGCCGGGAUGGCUUUGCGGCGCCAACCAAUCGCCUGCAAAGAUCAUUUCCUCGGGCUGCAAUUCAACCAAUCCAAGUACUCGGUGUUGAAGGGCUCAGUGACAUUAAAGAUGGCUGCGCCCAUGUAACAUCACUAGCGACCGGUGACCUCUUUUUCCUCCUUGCCUGGCUCCUGUGGUGGCAGGCUGGGCACAAGGACCAUGCUGGGCCGGACCCUCCGAGAAGUUUCUGCGGCACUGAAACAAGGCCAAAUUACACCAACAGAGCUCUGUCAAAAAUGUCUCUCUCUUAUCAAGAAGACCAAGUUUCUAAAUGCCUACAUUACUGUCUCAGAAGAGGUGGCCUUAAAACAAGCUGAAGAAUCAGAAAAGAGAUAUAAGAAUGGACAGUCACUUGGGGAUUUAGAUGGAAUUCCUAUUGCAGUAAAAGACAACUUCAGCACGUCCGGCAUUGAGACAACAUGUGCAUCAAAUAUGCUGAAAGGUUAUAUACCACCUUAUAAUGCUACUGUAGUUCAGAAGUUGUUGGAUCAGGGAGCUCUACUAAUGGGAAAAACAAAUUUAGAUGAGUUUGCUAUGGGAUCUGGGAGCACAGAUGGUGUAUUUGGACCAGUUAAAAACCCCUGGAGUUAUUCAAAACAAUAUAGAGAAAAGAGGAAGCAGAAUCCCCACAGCGAGAAUGAGGAUUCAGACUGGCUGAUAACUGGAGGAAGCUCAGGUGGGAGUGCAGCUGCCGUAUCGGCGUUCACAUGCUAUGCGGCUUUAGGAUCAGAUACAGGAGGAUCGACCAGAAAUCCUGCUGCCCACUGUGGGCUUGUUGGUUUCAAACCAAGCUAUGGCUUAGUUUCCCGUCAUGGUCUCAUUCCCCUGGUGAAUUCGAUGGAUGUGCCAGGAAUCUUAACCAGAUGUGUGGAUGAUGCAGCAGUUGUGUUGGGUGCACUGGCUGGACCUGACCCCAAGGACUCUACCACAGUACAUGACCCUAUUAAUAAACCAUUCAUGCUUCCCAGUUUGGCAGAUGUGAGCAAACUAUGUAUAGGAAUUCCAAAGGAAUAUCUUGUACCAGAAUUAUCAAGUGAAGUACAGUCUCUUUGGUCCAAAGCUGCUGACCUCUUUGAGUCUGAGGGGGCCAAAGUAGUUGAAGUAUCCCUUCCUCACACCAGUUAUUCAAUUGUCUGCUACCACGUAUUGUGUACAUCGGAAGUGGCAUCGAAUAUGGCAAGAUUUGAUGGGCUACAAUAUGGUCACAGAUGUGACAUUGAUAUGUCCACUGAAGCCAUGUAUGCUGCAACCAGACGAGAAGGGUUCAAUGAUGUGGUGAGAGGAAGAAUUCUCUCAGGAAACUUUUUCUUGUUAAAAGAAAACUAUGAAAAUUAUUUCGUCAAAGCACAGAAAGUGAGACGCCUCAUUGCUAAUGACUUUGUAAAUGUUUUUAACUCUGGAGUAGAUGUCUUGUUAACUCCCACCACCUUGAGUGAGGCUGUACCAUACUUGGAGUUCAUCAAAGAGGACAACAGAACCCGAAGUGCCCAGGAUGAUAUUUUUACACAACCUGUAAAUAUGGCAGGAUUGCCAGCAGUGAGUAUCCCUGUUGCACUCUCAAACCAAGGGUUGCCAAUGGGACUGCAGUUUAUUGGACGUGCGUUUUGUGACCAGCAGCUUCUUACAGUAGCCAAAUGGUUUGAAAAACAAGUACAGUUUCCUUUUAUUCAACUUCAAGAACUCGUGGAUGAUUGUUCAGCAGUCCUUGAAAAUGAAAAGUUAGCCUCUGUCUCUCUAAAACAGUAAACAUAUCUUACAAAUUUAAAUGACUUUUAGGCUGGGUGCGGUGGCUUACACCUGUAAUCCCAGCACUUUGGGAGGCUGAGGCAAGUGGAUCACGAGGUCAGAAGAUCUAGAACAGCCUGGUCAACAUGGUGAAACCCCGUCUCUACUAAAAAUACAAAAAUUAGCCAGGCUUAGCGGUAGGCGUCUGUAGUCCCAGCUACUCGGGAGGCUGAGGCAGGAGAAUCACUUGAACCCCAGAGGCGGAGGUUGCAGUGAGCCGAGAUCGUGCCACUGCACUGCACUCCAGCCUGGGUGACAAAGCAAGACUCUGUCUCAAAAUAAAUAAAUAAAAUAAAAUAACAGAGAUUCUAUACUCUAGAGAGUUAAAUGGUCUUGCUCAAGUCUUGUAGUUAGGUUUCUUAUUAAUACAGUCAUUCCAUGGAAUUACUAUUUAAAAUUCCUGUGACAAUAAUAAAUAAUGUGUCAGCAUUUAGUAAGCAUUCACUAAGUGUACAGUACUUCUACAAUAACACAAGAUACUUGUUCCUCAAAAACAAUGCAUUCUGCCAUAAUGUUCAUUAAAGAGUUUACAGUAAAAAUAAGAUUAGGGAUAAACUUCUCAAAAAUUGUACAUCUGUGUAACUAAACCACUAACAAAAACAUGAAUAGUCCUUCUAGAGGUAACCUGGAUAGCCUAGGCAGGCAACUUAUCAUGUGGUGAAGGCCGCCUCAGGGGUUGUUAAAAAUGCACGGAAACAAUUGAGUGGGAUUAUUGGUUUCUGAGCACUGAGCAGAGCAGGUGGAAGAGGAACUUUGAGCAUAGGAGGAAAUGCAACCCGUCAGGGCCGGAAUCAUGCAAAUCUCAGGGGUAUGCCUCGCUGGGGAGGAGCCCCAGGUGCAGGCACUCCUUGUAUUUCCCUAAGAAAGAGCUGAAAUGACUGAGAACUUUCCUUUCCUCCUUAGAGUUACAAUUUUACUUCUGCUAUUCCAGAGCCCAUGCCUAGAAGCCAGAACAACUCCAUGUUACACUGAGUUCACGCUCCUAUUUACUGAUCACAAAUGAGCUCAUUGAUGUCAUAGAAACAUUUAUUGUAACCUAACAGACCAUCACAGAUUGGAAACUUGGUAGAUAGCAGAGCAUGGUAUUAGUGAAAAAGGUUCAAAAUACACAAGUAACAUACACUCUGAAAAACGUGCAGAUAAUUUGCUGAUGAUGCCAAAGAGGGGAUGCGCAUGGCAAGACUUUGCCUUACCCUAGAUUCUCUGUGUCUCAUGGUUUCCUUUUCCUCUUGACUGUCUUUACAAGUGUUUUUUAUUUUGGCCUCCUGAGCCCAGAGAUAUUAAUGGAGAUCUGUAUGCAAUAUUUGACAGAAUCUAAUGGAAACCAUCCAUUUACUCAUGAUAAAGCUUUAUCAUUGGAUUUCUGUGUCUUCACUAGAACACCAUUGUCAUCUCAUAUUGAUCAGUUAUUUUAAUCCAGCACUUACAUGUUGUUGAUAAAUGAAAGCUGAAUUGUUACUUAAUAAAUUCACUUCGUUUAGUAAGAAAAAA